AAUUAUUUGCAAUUAUUCAAAAAUUAAAAAUAAACAGCAGCAUUUGAAAAUAUUCACGUGGUAUAAGAAAUCUACAGGGUGUACAAGUAGCAUACAUUUACUUAUGGUGCGCACUGUACUCGAAUGUGCAUUCUUUAAAUCAGCAUACAUGUAUGUUUUUUUUUUAAAGCACUUGUUUACUUCGUCGAAAAACAGCCAGGCUGCGGCCUAAAUAAAUACUAGUUUUCCGUACAUGAAACCAAAAUGUCACGAUUUCUUUUUGGGAUUGCUCUUUUAAUCUUGGUCCUUGUGACUGCUCUUUCUUCCGCUCAGAACUAUUGUGAUCCGGAACUGUGUCCAAGUGGAACACACGUGGCCUGCCAAUCCAGCGGACGCUUUGUGAGCGGCUGCAGCGGCGAGUUUGUCCAAGUGGAUCCCCACAUCCCGCUGAUUCUGCAGCAGCACAAUGAACGCCGCAACCUGAUCGCUGGCGGAGGAGUCAGUGGCUUCCCCAGUGCCGUCCAGAUGGCCACAAUGGCCUGGGAUGCGACACUGGCCCAAUUGGCCGCCUACAAUGCGCUGCAGUGCCGUAUGGCGCACGACGAAUGCCGCAACACGAACACGUAUCGCUAUGCGGGCCAGAAUCUGAGCAUCCUCUUCACCCGCAGCGUGGAUGUGGCCGUCUUUCUGCGCCAGAGGAUUGCCGCCUGGUUCGAUGAGAAUCGCUAUGCCAACAGUGGCGACAUUGAGAGCUACCAGUCACGCGGAGGACCAGCAAUUGGACACUUCACGACGAUGGUCAACGAACGUAAUAACCGAGUGGGAUGCGCGAUUGCCCGUUUUACGGACGCCAAUAACGUGCAGGCCACCCUGCUGGUUUGCAAUUACGCGGUCACCAACGUGUUGAAUAAUCCGGUUUAUAGGGCGGGUCCUGCCGCCUCGGAAUGUACUACUGGUCGGAACUCCAACUAUCCGAAUCUCUGCUCUCCGAACGAGGUGUACAACUACAAUCAGUGGUCGGGAUAA